GGUCCGUCGCUGUUGCUGUAGCGCCGCCGCCGGAGUUGCCGCUGGUUCCGGCUUCCAGUCCGCGUCCUUGCCCGCAGUAUGCCUCCGGUGCCCUCGGGCUGCUCGCCAUGCUGGGGACCUGCAGGCGCCUCUCUUCCCUGCUCCUGGGGCUGGCUGCCGCGAUGCUGAUGCCGCUGCUGAUGUUGGGGCGGCCGCCUCUCGUCGACGGUGGCGCAGCCACCCACCCUCUGCAGCAGCUGGCGGCGCUGCCGAUGGGCUACCCUGCUGCCGCGACGGCCUCAGGAUCUGUUUUUAUGCUGAAAGUUCAAGUAAAUGACAUAAUCAGCCAUCAGUACCUGCGACAAGCGGUUGUAGAAGUGUUUGUUAACUACACAAAGACAAAUUCUACUCUUACUGGAAGCAAUGGAGCAGUAUUAAUAAAAGUUCCAUAUAAAUUAGGAGUAAGCUUAACUAUCGUAUCAUACAAGGAUGGCUACAUGUUAACACCUUUUCCUUGGAAGACUGGGAGAAUACCAAUAUAUUCUUCUGUGAUGCUUUCAUUAUUCCCACAAAGUCAAGCUAAUAUGUGGCUGUUUGAAGAUACUGUCUUAAUUACUGGAAAACUGUCUGAUGCCAAAUCGCAACCAAGUGUUCAGUUUCCAAAAUUUUUAAUAAAGCUUCCAACAAAUCGACAUAUUACAAAUGUAACAGCCUAUCUGACAGUGCCAGAGCAGUUUCUGAAAGUAGACAGCUUUGUCUAUUCAACAGGAAUUCUUCUAAGCAAAUCAGGUUUCAAAAGCAUGGAAUUAGCUCCUCUUGCUGCAAUAUGUGUAAGCGUUCGUUUAACUGGGAAAGAACUAAAAGUAAAUGGUCCCAUUCAGAUUACACUUCCUCUUCCCACAAGUACUGUAAAAUCAGGAGAUGUUGUACCUGCAUGGGCAUUUGAUAUGAAAACUGGUGCUUGGGUAAGUCAAGGGCUAGGAAUGGUAAAGGAAGCAGAUGGUCAAUUAGUAUGGACAUACACUGCUCAACACUUAGGCUACUGGAUAGCAGCUCCACUGCCCGGAGCAAGAGAAUCCAUUAUUAGUGCAGUUUCCAAGGACAUCACAGCCUAUCACACAGUGUUUCUGACUGCCAUCCUGGGAGGUACUGUUGUCAUUAUCAUUGGAUUUUUUGCUGUUCUUCUUUGUUACUGCAGGGAUAAAUGUGGUCGGACACAAAAGAAGGAAAAAAGUACAACUAAGCUGGAGGUCAUCAAAAAAGACCAGACUACAUCAACUACACACAUAAAUCACAUCAGUGCUGUCAAAGGAUCUUUAAAGUUGGAGGAUAAGUCACAGCUAUACACAUCCAAGAUUUCAUACAGCCCUCAAAGAAGGAUGUCCAUAGCCACAGAAGAUGGAAAAUCACGAGACAAUUUUAAAAUCUACACAGAGAAUGCUUCUUACCAUUUAUCCUGUCAGACUGGUCAGUCAAGAAAUUCAGCCCAUUCAUUGGAGCCUAGUGCUGGAGUUAGGCAUUUACAGCAGCUGAAGCAUAGUAGCAGUACUAUUUCCCAGGCUCCCAGGGACAUUCAAGACCAAAACAGAUACCUUUCACUGAAAGAGGAGAUGUAUGGGCUUGCCCAUAUCCCAGAACACCUGAUGCAUAUUUACAAUCAACCUAUUGCUAUUCUUCAAACCUCUGACCUUUUCCACUCCCCAGAACAAUUGCAUCCUGCUAAAUCAGCAACUUUGCCAAGAAAAGGGCAGUUAGUUUAUAGCCCCAUGAUGGAACCCACGAAUCACGACAGUUACAUGCAAACGUUACCGAAAAUGCCAGGUCACUCUCAUCCACAGCCUUCUGUCUGCAGAGAUGAAAACAGUGUGUUAGAUAGCAAAGAGUGCUUACCAUCUCAGACUUCAAACUGGGGGCGGUACACUAAUAGCUUGCUGGAAUCCGUCUCUGUUCCUGGGACAUUGAAUGAAGCAGUUGUAAUGACUCCAUUUUCAUCUGAACUUCAAGGUAUUUCAGAACAAACAUUAUUGGAACUCUCUAAAGGAAAACCAUGUCCACACCCUCGAGCAUGGUUUGUGUCCCUGGAUGGAAAGCCAGUCGCUCAAGUGAGGCAUUCUUUCAUAGAUCUGAAAAAGGGUAGAAAAACAGAGAGUAAUGAUACCAGUCUGGACUCUGGUGUGGACAUGAAUGAGCAUCAUCCUGGUAGGAAACUGGAGAGAGAGAAAACUUUCAUUAAAACUAUGCCUCAUUCUAAGAUCCUUUACUUGGAAGACCUGGAUCUGAGUAGCAGUGAAAGUGGGACCACUGUUUGCACUACAGAGGACCAGGCUGUGAGAUACCUUAUGGAUGGAGGGAAUGUACCAGUCAUAGAACAACAUGAAGAAGGUCUGAAAAGAAAAACUGUAUCAGGAAGUCGUGAAUGUGGUAUCCCUUCUGCUAAAAAAAGGGAUAGACCAUCUAUCAUGAGAAGAGAUAGCAAAACCAGUAUCUGGAAGAAAAGAGAGGAGAGGCCGCUUCUUCCUAUAAAUUAAAACACAGUGUGCUUUGUGGUCUUGUUCUCCCUGCUGAUAUUGACCUCUUGGCUGCUUCUGUAUUUCUGCAUUGUU